AUGCCCGAUCUUUUUGACAACUUCUUUACAAGAAUAGGAACUGCCAUGAACGGCGGCAAGACUCGCCCUCACUACCUGGGUGCUUCACAAGUCAAUACUGGCAAAUUUUAUAGUUAUCACGAAAACGGAUCCAACAAUAGUUCUUGGUUGCCGACGUCCAAGAGCUUUAACAAGACAGUGAGUGGGUUGGACGAAAUCAAUAAGGGUAGAACUGAAAGAAUGAACAGUGUGAACUCUAUGAAUUCUGAAGAGGGCAUGACAUCCAGGAAGGGAUCGAUCGUUGAGGAGUAG